AACAGCAACGGUGAUGGAGACAUUGCGCUUUGGAGACUGAUCCUUCUGGAGCGCUUUUACGCACGGGCACAUCCCCAGUGAGGUUUGCCACAGUAAACGUUCUGUGGAUACUGUGGAGGAUGAGGUACGGUUUGGUGGUCCUCACAGCGGGCGUCACUGGAUUGUUAAGUUUCUGCCUUUUGGCCGUGGCUAUCGGGACCGAUUAUUGGUAUAUUAUUGAUGUGAAUAAACCUAACUCCACUGCGUCCGAGGACUAUAAUUCACAUUCUGGACUGUGGAGAAUCAAUGAAGGCGCCAACAAGAGCUCGGUUAUCCCCUCCUUCAUGGCCAACACGUCCGGCUUGUCAGAUGUGGAGAAGGACCUUCUCAGUCUGCACAAGAUGGUGGUGAUCAUUCUGCCCCUCAGCCUCAUUCUGCUGGUGUUUGCGUGGAUAGUGGGGCUUGUGAGCUCACUGGCCUGCAGUCCCAAGCUGCUAGCAGGAUCAGCUGCCUAUAUAUUCUUCUGCAGUCUCUUUACUCUGUCUGGUCUCUGCAUCUACAUCCGCUACUCCAACCAGGCCAUGGAGGAGUUCCAGCGGGUCGUGCCCCCAGAAACCCUCACCUAUGUGAACGUGUCUUUCGGCUGGUCUCUUGCUUCAGCCUGGCUCUCCUUCAGUCUGGAGGUGGUCACUGGGCUGCUACUGCUACUCGCCGCGCGGAUCUGUCAAAUGAAAGGACAUUAUGAUUCAGGAGUAGCUAUUGCCAUGUUAUAAAGAAUUAUUUUUGCUAUUUAAAAAAGAUGAAAUCAUGAACAGGCUUUGUAGUUUUGCAUGCAUUGAUAUAUCGAGGUGUAAUUUUCUGUCUAUUGUCUCUACUGAACAAUGAUGUAACAAAUGGAGCUAAGCAAACAAAAUGAGAACACAGUAAUUCAUUUAGUAAUUACAGCCAGCUCUCUGCAAAUGUGUUCACUGUUUUGAAAGCUACUCAUGUCUUUGUGCCAUAUUGUUGUCAAAAUUGGUGCUGUAGGCGUAUAGCUGAACAUACGCAGAGGGUUUUGAAAGAUGGUUGUCAUUGAAAAACAGGCACCUUGAGGCAUUUUUGUCUCCAGAUAUAGGGUUGUGUGACGAUAUGAAAUCAGUUUGGAAUUAGUUCGUAAAAAAAAUACUGUGAUGCAAUGCUUUUAUAUGCUUAUUUAGCCAGCUUUGAUCAUGCAGGGUCCUAAGUAUUUAAGAUAACAUUUUUACUUCGAACAAAUUCAAAAACUAGGAAUGUGCUUGAAUAAUAAUGCUAAAAUAUAAACUAUGAUACUGUGACUGAAUACAAAUACAAAACAUACAGAAUUCGGUGCUAUGUUUUAUAAUACCAUGCUUCUGCUGUUGUCGAUACACAUGUACAGAGAUGGCCUAUAGUUCAAAUGUGCUAGAAAAUACAAAAAGGGGAAGCAGAGUGCAGAUGGGUUUCUUUGCACCGCACUGGUAAAGACUGUCCUGGGAAUAUUCUGGAGGAUUUUCAGUUCAUUAAUUCAAAAUGCCUCAAUCCCAAGAAAGAUACUGGCUGUUUGCUGUACUGAAUGAAGUACAGAAAUGAAGGCCGACCAAAAAUUAUUUCACAUUUUUCCCUGAAUGGAAAGAGUUUUUGCUAUUU